AUGCCCAGUGAAAUACAACUAACAGAAAGUGAAAGAAAGUUGAUUUUAGCAUUACACAAGAAAAAUAAAUCCCAUCGAGAAAUUGCCACGAAAAUCAAUCGAUCGAAGACAGUGGUAACACAUUUUUUAAAAGAUCCACUUAAAUAUGGCUUGAGAAAACGAACUGGUCGAAGAAAAAAGGUCGAUGAACGCACCAAACGCCUUAUUAUUAGAACCGCCAGCAACAAAACAAUAUCUUGUGCCAAUAUUGUUAACGAUUUAUGCUUAAAAAUGUCACGAUGGACAAUCAAUCGAGUUAUAAAAAGGUCAAACAUCUUGAAAAAGAUGAAAAAAAAACACUCUCCUGCUUUAACAACAGCUCAUAAAGAUUUACGAUUAAGUUGGGCUAAAGAUCAUAUGAUCUGGAACAAUGAAUGGCACAAAGUUGUUUGGUCUGAUGAAAAAAAAUUUAAUUUGGAUGGUCCUGAUGGUUUUUCUUACUACUGGCAUGAUCUCCGUAGAGAGGAAGAGAUUUUUUCAACUCGUCCUCUAGGUGGUGGUAGCGUUAUGAUUUGGGCGUCGUUUGGUUGGGGUGGUAAAAGUUCAAUAUGUUUUGUGGACGGUCGAAUGAACGCAAAAGGAUAUCAAGAGGUGUUGAAAAAGCAUCUCAUUGAUAUCGGUAGCUGUAUGGGUGGGUCUGAUUGGAUCUUCCAACAGGAUAAUGCACCAAUUCAUCGAGCAAAAGUCAAUCUCGCCUGGUUUAAAUCGAAGAAAAUCAAUGUUUUACCUUGGCCAUCGUUAUCACCUGAUUUAAAUCCUAUUGAAAAUCUUUGGGGAAUACUAGCAAGGAAGGUCUAUGCAGGAGGUAAACAAUUUAGAACAAAAGAACAGUUAAAAACUACCAUUAUAAAAUCUUGGGAAGAAAUUAGCAUCGAACAACUCCGUGCUUUGGUCAAAUCGAUGCCUGAAAGAAUCUUUGAAGUUAUUAAGCUAAAUGGAGCCAAGACCAAAUAUUGA